AUGCAACGCAACAGAACCGUGCAAAUUCCAUUGCUAAACAAUCCAUACACGGAGGGCAUUCAAAUGUCCGAUUUCAAAAAGCUACCAUUGGACUUGCUGAAGGAAUACGCGAUUUAUUACAGACUACCCAGAGCGUCUGAGCUUUCUGCUGACGAGAUUUAUUCACUACUACGAGGACACAAAUGGAUUCCAGCGCUCAAACAUCACGUUUGGAUUCCACGACCUGAUUAUAUGGGCGUAACCGUGUCAAGAGAUAUCGAAGACCUCGAAAAAUGGUACACUGCCGCUGAGGAACGUGCUGCUGAACAGAAAACCGCGAAUUAUACACGCGAUCCAUGGGCUACCCGCAACCACUUGCGCAAGCAAUGGGCGACGGCACAAAAUAGGCGGAGGGAGGGAUCUACGAGCAAGCGAAGUGAAGAUGUAACUUGUGAAGUCGAAGGACCGGAGGUAGAGACCCCAGCAAAUAUCCCCAGCGCUGAGCCGACUCCAGUUGUAGAGCUGACGGAGGCCCAGAUUGCUCUUUCCAAGGCUCGAAAGGCCUUAACAUCAAGCAACACGUAUCGCAGGAUUGGAAGACGCUCUAUAGUCCUCGAAGGAGAUAUACUGCUGGAGGCUAAGACUCAGCAGGAGCAGCGACAGCAACAGAACCACUCAACCGCGGAAGAUCAGACGCACGGUAAUGGGGAGACAACAGCGACGUCGAACUUGGAUCGCCAAUCUACAAACCAAACACCAUCAGCCUCUCCACCCCGAACUUCUCCAAAGAAAUCUGCCACUCGAAAACGACGCGUAGUUCGUAAACUGCCUAGCGCAUCUACUUCCCAAAAUCCUAGCCAACACGAUCACUCCGUACAGAGGACCUCAUAUCAGGAGGAGAAUACGUCAGACAAAUCUACCACAACGACGAUACCUGAAGUGGAACCUUCUUCGGCUAGUAGCCCACCAGCACACAUUCCAGCUUCCUCUGUUUCCACACCAGAGCAAUCUUCCACUUUCAGCGAUCACAAGAGGCUACUCAUCCGGAAGGCCGACCCAGUACCAUUGCCGGAACUGACCUUCGAAGCUCGCAACAAGAAGGAAACUGCAGCACCCCCACAACCACCUCUACGCCAAGACUUGGUGUAUAUAGCCUGCACUCUCCGCAGCAAAAACAAGGAUGAGCAACAAGCGAUGCUCAAGGGCCUACACGACGAGAAGAAGCAUAGUGAUGCAUCCACGUUCACAAAUGGAUUCAAAUUGAUGUUCCCUGGGGCGUUGUCGCACGCAGUCUCAUCGGGCGCAUACGCCGCCGUAUCUUCAAUCCAGAAUAUCUUUGGUUCUCAGAGGUCGAGCAAUAAACGCUCUCGCGCUCAGGUGGAUGACGACGCAGAGGAAGUCAGGCAAGAAUCAGACGCGGUCCACGAUGAUCUGCCUGUACACAUGCGCAAGCGGGCCCGAUGUGACGCAGGCCCGUCCAGGACUCACAUUCGAGCUGGGCCGUCAUCAGCGCCUUCGGACUCAUCAAUGCCUGUAUUCACAAGCCCCAACCUCCUCGUUCCCCAACCUAGGAAGACAGUUGAUCGUCUCGCGGGCUACUAUCGCGUAGACGAGGCUGGCCUUCUCCAAUCUCACGCCGCUGACUCCGCUGCUGCUGGAGUUCAAGCUGGUCCGUCGAGUCGUCGGCCAGUCCUACACCCAAGCUCAUGGAGAAAGACUGUUUCUUCAGCGCGUCAAGCGGCUCGUAGGAAUGCGAAGCGGAAACGAACGUAG